UACAGUCCUAUACUAUCCUACUUGCAUGAUCAGGCAUUCGUCCCAUUACCAGUGACUCUACCAUUGCGACCAACCUGCGAACAUGUGUGGUUCAGACAUCUUUCUAGCGAUCCUCGCCAUUUUCUUCCCUCCGAUUGCGGUGUGGAUCAAAGUAGGCCUCUGUACGGCUGACUCGGUCAUCAACCUUGCUCUCUGCUGUCUCGCCUAUAUCCCGGGCCUCCUGCACGCCUGGUAUAUCAUUCUCAAGUAUCCCGAGCCAGACUAUGAUGACCCCAGCUAUGCGCCCCUCCCCGAGAAUCACAGGGGCGACGUCGAGAACGGUCGCGUCACAUAUUACUAUGUCUCCCAUCAACCCAUCCAGCACCCAUCCCAACGGGGCUAUGGGACCCUGCCUCCGCAACAACCCUACGCGGCGAACGCUCAGCCUCACCAGCAACAUCCUGCACCUCACCAACAGCACGAACAUGCUUCUGGAGGCGACGGCGGCGGCGGUAGCAGCAGCCGGGAUCACGCCGAUGCGCGGCCACCUCCCACAUACGCCGAAGCAGUGAAGGGAGACCACAAAGUACAAGACCAUCAAACAGCCCAAGCCUGAAUGAGACCAGGACAAACGCAGUUGCCUCGCAACUUGCUGUCUGUUGUCUCGAAAUACUGCUGCUGCUAGGGAAAGGCCAGUAAAAGGAUUGUCUCCACAGUCCUACAUACUGUUGGUUUUUUCCUCCCACCAGGCCUUACGAAUCACAAGCUACGAUCACCUGCUUACAACGAAUGGUAAUGGAUAAUGACAAUGUGCUAUAUGUAUUUGCUUAACUGUCUUUGAUCAGCGCGGUCACUAACUUUCGGGCCCGUC